GGUAAUUACCAACGAGCUCUGAUGCAGAUAUCCUGUUCCUGAAGAUUGUUGCAUUGUGGCGAUGCUGACGAGUCCUCCACGGCUCACGGCUGCAAACAACAAUGCUUGGCACGCCAAGCACCCAGGUUGGCUCAGCGAGCAAGCCAAAGCAUCAUUUCGAAAUCUUGGCACCUUCCCCCCAAACUUCUCCAACCCCGCAGCAAAGGAUUUCCCCAAAUGCCUCCUUCCUGUUCUUCAAUGGCGUGCCAAGAUGCCGGGUUCCACCCGGCUUGCUGAUAUCUAGAGAUAUCUACCAAUUCCAAUCGGUCUUUUUCCUACCCAACCUUGCGGUACCCGCAAUAAACCGCGGGCCUGCCUCUUUUGGAAAUUCGCCAGGCAAUUUUCGCCAACGCCGAGACCAACGAACAAAAGCUGUGCGGAGACGUCAGGGUUCGCGUAGGUGGUUUGAUUCGGCAGGCAAAGCCGAGAUGAUUGCAGGACGAAGAUGGCGGUUUGCCAUUGUGCACUCGCUGCAGACCCCUGGUUCACUGGUCUACCAUAAAAGGGUUCUUUAGAGGGCGGUUCCCCUUUCGUGCCACCGUGUCGGUCUUUUUCUUCCCGUCCCACCUCGACAUCCAUCAGCCGCGGCCGUGCAGCUUCCAGAAGCAACCUCCGAGAUUGUCAGGACAAGGAUUGACGAAAAGUCGCCUUGUGAUUUUGGACAAACAGUGCCCUCCCUUCAUUGGUAGAGUCGACACUUUUUUUAUAUUUCGGACCCUCACGAACGCGAUGCGUUACUCAUUCGUUCUCGCCGCUGCGACGGCCGUCUUUGGCGCCGAGAUGGCCAAGGAUGAGGCCAGGGCUGCCGAGCUGUACGACUCGGGCAAGAUUCACGAGCAGCUCAUGAUGAAGAAGAUUUCUCAAUGGCAAGCCGACGAGCAGGCUGGUCUCAUGGACUCGACCCAGUGGCCCCGUCUCAACUACACCAAGUGCGUUGACGGCUUCGCCCAGGCCAUUCCCGACAGCCCUCUGCACAAGUUCAGGUGCAAGAACAUCGACCUUUACGAUUUUAUCAACCAUGCCACCCUUGGUUCGCCCAACACUGACUACCGCGGCAAGUCGGGUGCUUCGUCGUGGGGUUGGUGGGAUGUUGAGACGGGUCGGGAGUUUAUUGCCACCGGCAUGUACGAUGGAGUCGGCUUUAUCGAGGUUCUUCCCACCGGUCGCAUGCGUCACGUUGGAUUCCUUCCCAAGUUUGCCCCUGUCGCAGACCGUGCCUACUGGACCGAGAUCCGCUCGUACCAGCACUACAUGGUCAUUGGUAGCGAGCUUGAGGGCAACGGCGUCCAAAUCUUUGACAUGAAGAAGCUCCUCACCGUCACCGAUGCUGAGGCUCCCGUUCUUUUCACCAACGCCAAGGACAUGACUGGCCACUUCAACGCCACCCUUCCCCUUGGAAGCACACACAACAUUGUGAUCAACGAGGAGGCCAAGUACGGCGUUGCCGUCGGCGUCCGCCCUAGGGGCGAGUACUGCAACGGCGGUCUCCACUUUUUCAGUCUGGAGGACCCCUCGAACCCUGUCGAGCUUGGAUGUGAUGGCCAAGACGGAUACGUUCACGAUGCUCAGUGCCUCAUCUACCGCGGUCCCGAUGAGCGGUACCAGGGCCGUGACAUCUGCUACGGCUACAACGAGGACUCCCUGACAAUCUACGACGUUACCGACAAGCGCAACUCCAAGAUCAUCUCCAUCACCUCGUACACCGGCGCCAGCUACACCCACCAGGGUUGGGUCAACGACGUCAACUGGCAAGAGUGGCUGUUCAUGGAUGACGAGUACGACGAGGAGGAUCUGGUCGGACCCGCUGCCGACGGGUACCCCGUGACCUACAUCUGGGACAUUCGCGACCUCGAGAACCCCAAGCAGACUGGUCUCUUCAAGGCCACCAACCGCGGCAUCGACCACAACCUCUACGUCAAGAAGGACCUCAUCUUCCAGAGCAACUACGGUGCCGGCAUGCGCGUCUACGACAUCUCCUCCGUUCCCGAGGACCCCACCGGCAACGGCGUGUGCGAGAUUGCCUUCUUUGACAUCUACCCCGAGGACGACCACCUCGAGGGCGGUGGCAUCAUUGCCUUUAGCGGAUCGUGGUCCUCGUACGCCAUGCUGCCGUCUGGCUUCAUCUUUAUCAACACCAUUGAGCGUGGCGGAUACCUCGUCAAGAUGACCAAGCAGGAGAGCUGCAAGCCCAAGUCCUGCAACGCCGACAACUGCCUCCGCGCCAUGCGUGCCGAGAGCGUUUCGGGCCGCCUGGAGGAGAGCCAGGAGUUCUGCGGCGAGUUCACCAAGACCUUUGUCGCCGACGUCAGCGUCGUCCCCGAGUUUGCCCAGCAGGGUUGCGCCGGAAACGUCAUCUCCAGGGUCAGCUCGGCUUGCUCGUGCCUGCCUACCCCGACUCCUGCUGCUUAA